AUGUCCACCUCUGAAAACUCUUCCCCGACAGAUUUCGCUUUCGAGCCCCCAGCCCUGCCGUCCGCAGGCCACCCCUUCGUCUCUCCCGGCACCUACAAAGCCGACCCCUUACGCCAGGCUUCCUACGACCCCUCCCUCCCGACUGGCUCCUUCACCCCCGCCGCCGCCAACCCCCCAGUCGGCGGCUACUUUGGCGACACUUCCUACCAACCACAACCCGGCUUUGGCCAGGGUCAAGGCCAGGGGCAAUACGGAGCUCUCAAUUCAGCGCAGUCGAGUUUCUCGUCGGCGUCGGGCAGUGCGGCGGGUGGGUCUUUUUCGUCCGUCGACUUGCCGGGACCGAGUUUACCUGGUAUUUCUAAAGAGUUUUCACGCCCUUCCCUGGCGGAUACGCGUCGGCCGGCGACCGCCAGUGCCAUCCAGACAAGAGGGCAGUACGGCGACUAUAUGAUUGGCGGCGGUGAAGACCCGCGCAGACUUUCGCAACGGCACGUCCAGCAUCUCUCGCCGAACGAAAAAGACGAGGAUGAUGAGGGCGAUUCGUCGGAUACGGAGAAUGUGUCGCCCGAGACGGUAUACAUGCCGAGCAACAAUAGACGGGCGAGCGAACCGCAUUUCAACUUGCCAGGAAAUGGCCAGAACUGGAAUCAGUUCCCACCUUCAGCGUCUCACGAUGCAUCCGGAGGGGCAUUCGGCUUGCCUUCUGCUCCCGCGCACGUGAGCCCCAUGGGCUACCUCCAACAACAACAACAACAAACCACCCACCUCCCUCCCUCCCACUUUUCCAGACCCUCCUUCUCAAACCGUCCUCAAACAUCAGACGGUCUCCCGUCGUAUACAAACACCGUCACCCUGCCCCCGGCGUCUUCCAUCGCGCGGCACGUACCGGGCGGGGGGAACGACUCGCCCUUCUUUCACCAUCCGCCUGGGAUCCCACCCCCAGGCGCGAGGGGCUACGAAGGGACUUUCCCGGGGAACAAGAGUUUUGCUUUCGACGGCCAAAUCAGGCCGCCGGUACCGCCCGCUAUCCCCGGCGGUAUCCGGCCCUCCUACAUCCCCCCUCACCCCCACCCCAUGCUCAAAUCCGACCUCGCGCCCUCUGACCAAAUGGGCUACAUGUCCCUCUCCUCCGGCGUCCUCCCUCCCACGUCUCUUCCUUCUGCAGGCGGCGGCGGUGGGAGCAGUGGUUCGGGCCAGCCGAGAAAGAGGCCGAGGAGGCGGUAUGAGGAGAUUGAGAGGUUGUAUCAUUGUGGAUGGAAUGGGUGUGAGAAGAGUUAUGGGACGUUGAAUCAUUUGAAUGCGCAUGUGAUGAUGCAGAAGCAUGGUGAGAAGCGGUUGCCUUCCGAAUUCAAGGAGAUGCGAAAAGCGUGGAGAAAGAAGAAGCGCGACUCUGCCACCGCCACCGCCAACGCCAACUAUCUCACCCAAGCCUCCGCAUGGCAAGCAAACCAAAGCCGUCUCUCCCUCUCCGCCAACUCGUCUUCCGGCGAAUCCGACUGGGACCGCCGAGAUUCCACCUCUUCCGCCUUCUCCGUCGGCUCCGAGCGCGCCGGCUCAUUCGCAGCGCAGGGGGGUAUGGGCAUGCCCCUGAUGGGCGGUGUGCCCGGUGCUGGGUAUGCGGGAGGUGGGGGGUGGGGUGUACCCGGGGUGCCGGCGGGGGUGAUGCAGGGUGUGCCGAUGCAGGGGAUGAUGCAGAUGGGCCCUGGGUUUGGGAAUGGGGUGAUGAUGGAUUCGAGGCCGUCCACGGCGGGGUCGAUGUCGAGUGCGAUGAGCGUUGAGCCGGGGAGGUAUGCGCCCACUCCUCCCGGCUCUGCACACGGUCAUCCUCUACCUCAUCCUCAUCACCAACACCCUCAUCAUCCCCACCCAGGCCACCCGGGUGUCCAACCAACAUUCUUUGUCAACCCCCCUCCCCCACAAUCUCUCCCCUCCCUCUCUGCCUCUUCGACCGCCUCCACCCCCGGCCCCACCUCGGCUUCUGCUUCUGCUUCUACUUCCGGCCCCGGUGCAGGCGCAGGCGCUAUAGGCAACCGCCGCCCAAGCGCGCCGAAUCAUUUGCUGUUACCAGACCACAACCUCCUAGAUGGGUUCCGAGUGACGGAAGAUCACUCGACACCGACGGCGGGGAACCCGUUCCCAGCUGGAGCUGGGAGUGCGCCGGGGACGAGACCUUCGUCUUCCCAUGGCCAGGGGCAGCAGCAGCAAGGCCAACAACAACAGCAAGGGGGCGAAGGGCAGGGGCAGGGGCAGGGGCAAGGGGGGCAGGGGAAGGGGUUUGCGACGUUGAAUAGCCCGGUUAAUGGGAGUGCGGAUUAUGGGCAGUUUGCUUUCCAGCGUUAA